AAGCCAUUCGAGAUUAGCCAUUCAAAUUUUUAUUUCAUUCUAGCUGCCCGUAGUCCUCCUUCCUAUUUUCUCCCGAAAAGGUAAUGGUGGUGGUAAAAACCUGUGGUAGUUCAACAAAACACGUGACGGAUGUGUGACGGGGCGUGACGUACUUCUGAUCAGAUUUAUAACGACUUGGCGCCUGCGACUGGCCGAUAGUGGAUGACACAGCAACAAAUAUCUUAGAUUGUGAUUGGUCUUGCUGAUCACGCAUUUGACGUCACGGGGUGGUUCUCUUUACGAAGAAACAGGCCAAGUCGUGAAGGCAUCAGGAAAUAUCCACAUUUUUUAGUUUGUGUAUCAAAAUUUACCAUGGCGGACCCUGCGGAAGAAGUUCCAGCUGCAGUAGAUGAUGAAGAACCAGAAGAGACCCCUGGUUAUAAGGCACCAGCUCAAAAAACUCUGGAUGAAAUUAAAAAUUUAGACGCGGAUGAUGAAUCUCUGGUGAAGUACAAGGAGCAACUUCUUGGAGCUGCUGCCGCCGCCAGUGCUGGCGAUGAUGGCGGACCCAACGUGCGGGUUUUAAAGUUGACGGUGCUUGUCGAAGGUCGGGACGAUAUCGAACUCGAUCUUAGCGGAGACCUAGCCACUCUUAAAGACAAGCCUGUAACUUUCAAGGAGGGAACAAGUUAUAGACUUAAAAUAACGUUUAAGGUCGUGCGAGAAAUUGUGGCUGGUCUUAAAUUUCAUCAAGUGUUGUACAGGAAAGGAAUACGAGUUGUAAAGAACUCCUUAAUGGUGGGAAGUUAUGGCCCCAAAGCUGAACCUCACGAAUAUAUAACACCAGUUGACGAAGCUCCCAAAGGGAUGAUCGCUCGUGGUCAUUACACAGCAAAGAGCAAGUUUUUAGAUGAUGAUAAAAAUGUCCAUCUUGAAUGGGAAUGGUCAUUUGACAUCAAGAAAGACUGGGAAUAGCAUGCUUUUCACAAGUCAAGAUGUAGUUCAAUGUUUUUUGUGACUGUACUGUAGAAGGCCAAUCUUUUAGGUUGGAUUGCAAAGCUCUGCAAAGUCACCAAGGUGAUAAUGUUUGAGUAACAGUAACAACGAAAAAAUAUUAAAUGACUGUAUAAAGCUGUUUUCAACUAUGUCGUGUAGCUUGCCCAUUCUCUGCUUGCUUCAGUGAAUCCAGUAGUGAUCAAAGUAAAAUUUCUCCCUCUAUUUUCAAUACUUCCCAAGGAUACAAGUAAUGUGAUUAAUAAAAAAUAAUAAAGUAAAUGACAUUGUCUUGAUGUAUUGCCAUAUUUUCAGAACAAACAUUAAACCUAUGGAAGAAUUAAUGUUUUAA